UCUUAAAGAAUUCAUAUGCUAAUUAUAACAAAAUUUCACACAAAUGUCUAAGAGGACAUAUUGAUAAGGUGAUGAAAUUUUAUAUCUAAAAGGUCAAAGGUUAAUUUCCAGUUGCCGUAAUAUAGCCUCUGUUUCCCUCACAGUGCUGGAGCAGGAUUUAGAUGUGCCGUAUUUGACACGGAUUUAGUGACAUGUUUAGUUUUCAGUGUUGAAUGAACAUUGAUGAUUUGUUGUGGUGUCUCCACAGCCAUAGACUACAGCGAAAGUAGCAUGAUGGAGGCUCGGAGCUCUCUGGGAAUCAUCUCCACCUUCAUGAAUGACGCUCAGGCCUACAUGAAGGGUCAGCUGCAGUGUUCAUCCGUACAGGAAGCUGUUCUCUGGGAGAGGCUGGCUGAGACUAAAUCCAGCGUGAUGAAAGCUCUGGCAGAUGACUUUGACACCCCGAGAGCCAUCAACGCUGUGAUGAAUCUGGUUUACCAUGGAAACUGCCAACUCCAGCCUGUUUCUCAGUCAGAGGGAGGGGCUCGGAGCCCUGCAGUGUUCGGAGCGAUGGUCAGCUACAUCAGAGAUGCCCUGGAUGUGUUCGGGGUGGAUCUGCUGCACAGUAAGGUCAGCAGCAGUGCAAUGUAACUACUCAAGUACUGUACUUAAGUACCAGUUUGAGUUUCUUGUACUUUACUUGAGUAUUUUCUUUUCAUGCCA